AUGUCUAUCUCUGGCAACAGUCGAAAUCUCAGGUCUAAAAAUGCUGUCGUUCAGAACGCUCGCCAAUCCCAUGACGACCUUGAGCACGACACACCUGUCGACGACGUCACUGCGGACAUGGCUGAGCCAGACAACGGCCAGUCUGACGAUGAUCCUACUAUUCUAGCUGCCAGCGAACCCGACGAGCCUCCAAGUCGCCGGUACUCCACGCGCCCAAGCAACAACCCUCAUCCCGCACUCGCUGCUGGUUUGGCCAAGCGAAGCCAGGCUGAUAUUCGGAAGGAAGCCCAGCGGAAAAGGGACGAGAAGGAAGCCGAGUGGAAGCGGAAGGAAGCCGCUGGAGAGAAGCGUCAGCUGGAGCUAGAGCAGAAGCUCCAGAAGCUUGCGGCCCUAGAGCAGGAAUUGAGGACACGUCGGGCGGUAGAGAUGGCUGAGCUGGUCUCCAGUCGCCGCGAUGUGCCGGAACCUGGUGAGGAUGAAAGCGAAGUUGUGAUCGUGGACUCGGAUAGGGACGUGCCGGAAGGGAUGAUCGCUACUUGCAAUACCUCUGAUGAAGAGAACACCAUGAAUCUGACGGCAAAGGAGAUCAAUGAAGAUGAAGGUCGUGGCAGACUUGAGUCUGAUGACGCGCUAGCAUCAGAGGAUUCUGACGUUGACGUUGAUGACGGGAUACUGUCAGGACAGAAACGGAAAGCUAAGAAACCUCCGGCGAAGCCACCGAAACCGAAAGCACGGAAGAAGCUCACACAGAAGGAAAAGAGGCAAGAGUUCUUGCGAGAGGCUGAGAACGCGAAGGGCGUGCAGCGGGCUGUGGCGGGAGAGUCCACUAGUCGUCAGAAUCGGGCUAGCGAGCUUGAGGCGUCGGCGAGAAAGGCAAAAUCCAAACAGCCGCCAUUGACCGCAAAGCAGCCCGCAAAACCGAAGUUGCAACCUAAGUCAGGCGCUGCGAAGAAAUCAGGUCCAUCGGCGCCGAAGUCUAAGGCGCCUGCACUCUCGCUCAACCUCCCCACUAUGGGCUUGAAAGCAGACUGGAAAGCUGUGGUUGCUCGCCGCUUCUCUACCCCCGAGCCAUCUGCUCAGCGACUCUCCUCAUCUGCUGCAGGCUCCUCUGGCCAGGCCGCUACUCCAACUCCACGGCUCGGCGGUGCAGCUCAUCGGACCGCCAACGUGAAGCGUUCGAGGCGCCAGGAUUCCCUCGAGAAUAUUGGAGGCUUCACCGAUGCCGACGUCACAGUUGGUAUUGGCUCACUUUCAUCGUCUGUCGUUCAGCACCGCCAUAGUGGGCAGAUGGUCCGGGUCGUGGGUGGAGUGAACACAGAGGAGGGAGACGGCCACUCCGGAACGGCUACUACAAAGAAGCGACGCGCUAAGACCGUUGUCUCGGACGAGAAGUCGCUCGCUGUUCAGUCAUUACCUUCCUUUGCAGAGCAUCAUUGGAAGUCGACAUUCGUGCCGACCAUGCUUCAGAUGCUCAGGCAGACAGAGCGACCCUGGGUGUAUGCAAGUGGGAAGACACCUGCCGAAGAUAAUCUCUUGAUCGACAUCGUCCAAGGGCUUGUCGACGCGUUCUGGCCCGAGGAGCAGUAUCACGUCAACGGGAGUGAUAAGAUCUACAGAAUCGCACGACAGGCGGUCGUUGACUGGCGUGCGCGAUUUGUGUCGCGCACCAAGUCUUUUGUCAAGAAGAGUCUGGAGAAGCAGGGGUCCUCUGAACAGAUCGCCAUCUUCGUGAAGGGAGCACUGGUGCGAAGUAACGGGGCCGCGUUUUGGGAGAGAUGUGAUGCCGAGAACGGCUGCGGCGUUGGGGCGCUCAAGUCGCGAUACGUACUCAAGUCAUUUGCAACCCACCUUGCUGCAAUUGAGGGGAGCCAGCUGAAGGAAAACGACGUGAAGCCCGCUCGCGGCGCCCUAGCCCUUGCUGCUACUGCACACACUGUAGUACACUGUAGUCACCAGGACUUAACAGAUAGUGACAUAUGGCACUAG